AUGUCGGCACAGGAAUACUACAACAGCGGCGGAGGCCACCCGCAGCAGCAGCCAUACGGCCAGCAGGGCUUCAGCACCGAGCAGCAGCCGCAGCAGCCCCACGGCUACACCAGCGGCGGCUUCGGGGCACAGGGCUACGGUGGUCCGGCCUUUCAGGAGGCCCAAUAUGCGCCUCCGCAGCCUCACCCGGGCGCCUAUGCUCAGGGUCCUCCUCCCCCGGGCGUGCCGAACUCGGUGCCGUUCCAGUACGGCCACGGCGCUGCGCAGGGAGGUCCCCCGUACCCCACAAACGCAGGCCAAGAUUUCCAGGGUCAGCAACCCCCGCCCUACGGCCAGCACGGCUUCCAGGGGCCGCCCCCGACAUUCUCGGGGCAACCUCAGGGCUACCAGGGGCCGAAUCAGGCCUUCCAGGGACGGCACUACGCGCCUCCGGGCCAGCAGCCGCACCAACAGCCUCAUGGCGGUGAUAGCGGCCAGGCAAAGGGCGAUGACCGAGGUCUGGCGGGACUCGCAGGAGCUGCAGUCGGUAGCAGCAGCGUGAUUGGGAGCAUGCUGGGACAGGUCCAGGGAAAGCCCGAAAAGAAGGAGAAGAAGGACAAGAAGGAAAAGAAAGACAAGGACAAGAAGGACAAAAAGGACAAGGACAAGAAGAAGGAUAAGAAGCCCAAGGACAAGCACCACAAGCGCAAGGGCAGUGGCUCGAGCAGCUCGAGCGGCAGCGACUCGGACUGA